GCUAGAGUGAUGUACGGCCGCUCUCCGCCGAGAGCAAUUCACCCCAAAAUGCUGAAAACGAUUCAUCUGUCCCCCAGGGCUCGGAUAUACCCCAAGGACCCUCUGACCUAAUUGGGAUCCAGUCCAUGCGUUUCUCAAUACAGCCUCUCGGAUGGUCUCCCCUGUCUUGGUCAUGUGAUUGCCUGCUGUCUGUGGCCAGCCCCGAGCAAGAGCGGAGCAUCUUUGACUUGGGCGGGUAUAGAGGAGCUCUGCACCUGUCGAAUGGACCGUCUGCCGCUGCCAAACACGGUGAAACCUAUUCAGGACAAGUGAGAACGACUUCCACAACGCCAGACAGGCUUGCAUGUGGUGAUGGGUACACUUCGGGACCUCCAAUUUGCCCUGCAACUGAAGAUUGAGGAGCUUCGCCAGAGGGACACGCUAAUAGACGAGCUGGAGCUGGAGCUGGAUACAAAGGAUGAACUCAUUCGGAGACUGCAGGAAGAGCUGGAUCGCUACCGAGCCACCGUCUCCCUCCCAGGACCCUCUGCAGCCGGCACAGCUUGCUCGACUCAAAUCGAGGACGAGCAGAGAAUCAAAAGGACAACAGUCGUUUCAGCGCCCUUCACUCUGGACCCGGUGACUUCGGCCACGGUUUCAAACAGAAGCUGUGACAAAAGCCAGCAGUCUCAGAGGCUGAUUCAGGCAGCAUUUUCGAAAAAUGAUUUGCUGAAGAACCUUGACGAAGGAGAAAUCAGAGCCAUCAUAGCCUGCAUGUAUCCCACUCCCAUCAAUCAAGGCUGCUGUGUCAUUCAGGAGGGGACCAGCGGGACUCAGGCUUAUGUUUUAGAAGAAGGGAGGCUGGAUGUGACAAAAGACGGAUUGAAGCUUCACACAAUUGAGCCAGAGGACAUGUUUGGAGAGCUGGCUCUCCUCUACGAUUGCACUCACACCUUCUCUGUCUCAGCACAAAUGGACAGCAAGCUGUGGGUUAUUGACCGCAAGAGCUACCAGACCGUACUUAUGCAGAGUGGUCUCAGCAGCCUUUCUCAUUCAAUGGAGCUGCUUAACAGCGUUCCCUUCCUGCAGUCAUUGCCAGAGGAUGUCAUCAUGAAAAUGUCCGAUCUCAUGGAGGAGACACGUUACGCUGAAGGUGACUACAUCAUCCGACAAGGGGCCACAGGAGACACCUUUUAUAUCAUUAGCAAAGGCCAGGUGAAAGUGACAGAAAAGAAAGCAGGCCAGGAGGAGCAGAUAGUCCUCUCUAAGCUCUCUGAGACACAAUGGUUUGGAGAAAAGGCUCUGUGGGGAGAGGAUGUUCGGACUGUGAAUGUGAUCGCUGCUGGUGAAGUUACAUGCUUGGUCAUAGACAGAGAGGCCUUCAGAGACGUCAUCGGUGGGUUGGUAUCUGACUUCAGUCAUGAGGUGCAGCAAAGCCAUGAAGCCAAAAACGAGUCAAACAAGGAUCCCAACCAGCUUUCAUCUUCUACCUUAAGUGAUUUCCAGAUUAUUUGCCAGCUUGCAGUUGGGGAGUUUGGUCACGUAGACCUGGUGCAGUUAAAGAGCAACAUCAAGGCUUUUUUUUCCAUGAGGGUCCUUAAGAAGAAGCUGAUCCUCAGCAGCAGUCAGAGAGAGCACCUCUUGAGAGAAGGACGCAUCCUAAUGGAGAUUCACUGUCCAUUCAUAGUCAGGCUACAUAAAACCUUUCGAGAUGCCGAGUGCCUGUACAUUUUGACAGAAGCUUGUCUUGGGGGGGAUCUCUCUAGUCUACUCAGAGAUACCACAUCUACAUGCUGUUGCAGAGGAUAUCUGGAUGAAGGCAGCACCAGGUUCUACACAGCUUGUGUUGUCGAGGCCCUGAACUUUCUUCACUGUCGAGGUGUCAUCUAUAGAAACAUCAAGCCUGAAAAUGUGGUUCUGGAUGAGCACGGUUACGCCAAACUGAUUGGCUCCAGAUGUCUGAAGAGGGUCGAAAUGGGGAAGAAAACCUGGACAUUCUGCGGUACACCAGGCUACAUGGCACCUGAAAUCGUCUUAAACAAAGGCCACAGUGUAUCUGCAGACUUCUGGUCCCUGGGCGUUUUUGUGUUUGAACUUCUGAGUGAUCGGCUCCCUUUCAGCGGCUCCGACCCAAUGAAGAUUCUCACUGCAACCACUCGGGGCAUCGAUCAGAUCGAUUUCCCAAAAACAAUCAGCAAAAGUGCCUCCAGUCUCAUAAAGAAAUUGUGCAGGAACAAUCCCUCGGAGAGGCUGGGCAGUCAGAGGAAUGGGGCCAAGGACAUUCAGAAGCACAAAUGGUUUGAAGGUUUCAACUGGGACGGACUUUGCAAACGCACAUUAAACCCUCCGAUUAUUCCCAAAGUUAAGCAUCCUUUGGACAGCAGUGCAUGUGAUCAUUACUGCACUGAAGGAGUGACUGGGGAUUCAGACUGGGCUGAUUUCUGAUGGAUCAUUUGUGAAACGGAAAUAAAAAAAAACAAAAAACAAAAAAACAACCCUGUCAGACAAUACUUCAUCACUUUCAGGUUUAGUCUUCGUAAAUAAUUCAUUGCCCUCAGUCUUACUGCCAUCAAGAACUAAUUAUAUUUUCAGACAAAAAAUAUUUUCCACAGUCUCACUAACUGCAGACAUUGUUUGAUAAAUGAACCAUGCUGCCUACUGUGUCGAGCUCAGACUGUUUUUGAUGUAAAACAGAUUCGUCAACAUAAGAGUUGAGUGAUGAAUCUGCUGUUGAAUGUAACUCAAUAAACAAACAGGCUGCAUCUCACUGUCUUUU